UGUUUUCAGGGUGCCGCCAUGGCGCGUUAUCGCCUAUUCUACGGCCUGCUGCUGUUCUGUGUCAGCCUGGCAGGUUGGCUCUCGACGUCUCUGUGUAGCUUCGAAUGCUGGGCCCUUUUUGCCGCGAUCACUGUAUUGCUCUUGAUGUGGUGCCUUGCACGAGCUCCCCUGUUGUGCAUCAGCUUCUGUUACUUGGCCAACUGCGGGGUCCUUUUGGUGCGCGAAACUUUCCUGAUCUUCACCGGCUGGGUGCCCUGCGGCCUGGUGACCUUUGGGGAUGAGUGCGCCGAGACGCAGUGUGUGAAGAAAAACUACGUCUUCUUUUUCGAAGCGGGCUGCGGGAAGUAUGCCUGCGUCCGCACAGAACGGCACGAAGUUCAGUCGGUGUUUCGAGUGCCUACCGAGAGCUUACAUACCUUCUGGCUGUUGACUGGACUAUGCCUGUGCUGGGCUGCCACUCUCCUGUCUGGGCGGUUGUUGUUGAGAUGGAUGGCAGAAUCCAAGGAGCGAAAUCUGAAGAUCGGCCAAUACACUGCCAUCGUUUUGCUGCUACCACCCACCUAUGGUAUCUGUGCAUGUUCGGCUUUGCGGGUGAUCACCACUAACCGAGAAGAUACAUGGACAGCAGAGUCAAUGAUGGAUAUUUCAGAGCUCUUUUCGGCUGUGGCAUUGUACGCCUUUCAACGCUUAUUGGUGGUCCAUGUCGACGCCUUAAGUCCCAGCAUGGGAUCUGAUAAGGUCGAAAUUUCGCUACAAAGAAGUCUGCAGUCUGUCAUGUCGCUCGGCAUCAAGCAGUACGUGGUUCUGGCCUUCAGUUGCAACUUCAUCUUGGUGGCUGUGAAGGGAUGGGAUUGGCUGCAACCCUCCUCCUGCAAGACGGCUUUGGACUUCAUCGCACGGUCGGGGUUUCCUCAUCACAACAUCAGCCUGGCAGUCAAUGAGCAGAAACUGAAUCACUCUCUUCAUACUCGCGCCAGUUCGUUGGCUUGUGAAGAUGUGUGGAACUCCACUUCCUUAAUGAUGAUGGUCGCAGACUUUUUCACAUGCAGCAUUGCGCUCUUUGCCGUGCUUCAAUACGAGCGCGCCUUCAAUAUGGUGCUGCAUCCGGUGAACCCCUUCUGGAAGUUCUGGGGUGUGAAAGGCCUUCUGUCAGUGAACUUUUUACAAAGCACCGUGCUGGCCUUGGUUUCAUGGAUGACGGCCAAUGAUGCAACAGGCUUCGUGGCCACCCUCUUGAACUAUCACUUGCUUUGCGCUGAGUCCUUUGCGCUGGCGCUCUUGAACCUUUGGGCCUAUUCCCUACAGGAUGAGGACGAGAAGGCCUCGGAUGUGAACGGCGAGGAUGUCGAGGGAACGCAGACCUCGAUCGAUCCAUCCCCCGAGGUCAUGGGCAAGAUGUUGGAUGCCUGAGAUUCUGCCAAGAUCCAGAUCCUCCACCCGCUGUGCAGAUUGGGGGAUGAUCCUUGAGGUUGCUCAGCUCGGGAAAUCCCCAAAACUCAAUGGCUAGGCUUGAAUGAGAAGAUCAUGGCAAAUGUUUUUUUUCUGAUGCAAUUUUCCAUGGGAUUUUUUCCGUAUCUUUUUGAUGAGUUUACCAAAGUGGGUAGAUGGAGAGCUUCGAAUAAUAUCGAUCUAUCUCGGAAGUGGGAGAUUUGAUGUUACCAAAAAAAGGCUGCUUGGAGGAUCACCCAUUCUGGUUAGCUGGUUAGAGAGGGUCCCCCCGAAG